AUGGAGGAGCACGGGUUGAGGGAGAAACCCCGUCAAAUCUAUAACUGCGAUGAGACGGGGUUUCAGCUGGACUUAUCGAGAAGAAAGGUCCUCGUGCCCCGGGGGACAAAACAUGCUUAUAGGCAGGCCCAGGGGACCAGGGACCACGUCACCGUCCUGGCCUGCCUCAACGCGGCUGGGGAGGAUAUCCCCCCUUUCAUAAUUUACAAGGGGGGAUAUCCCGGGGGGCCCUAUAACAAGGAGGGGGUCCCCGACGCCCUCUACGGGAAGUCACCGGCCGGGUACAUGGACAGUGAGCUGUUCAGGAAGUGGUUUGUCGGGCAUUUCCUGAAGUUCGCCGCGCAGGAGCGCCUGCUGCUGCUUGUUUUUGAUGGGCACAAAUCCCACCUGGAUCCAGAGCUGGUCCGGGUGGCACAGAGGGAGGAGGUCAUUCUCCUGUGCCUUCCACCACACACAUCUCUGGUGGCUGGGUUCAGGAAGUGUGGCCUGUACCCUCUGGACCCGGAAGCCAUUGAUUGGUCACGGAGUCCACCCCCUGUCCCUUGUCCACCCCCUGUCCCUUGUCCACCCAAUCCCUACUCUACCCAUCCCCUGGUAACAUCAGGCAGGAUCUCAGUAGACCUGGCCCACCUCCUGCCCGAGGUGCGUUAUAAUACCACCAAGGGCAGGAGGAAUACCACCAAGGCCAGGAUACUGACGGCUCAGGAGAUGUCUGAUGCCAUCGAGGAGGCGGAGGACCGUGCUGCAAGGCGGGAGGCCCAAGCUCUGGCCAGAGAGCAGCAGCGGGCCGAAAACAACGGCCUGACAGCCACUUCCUCUACCCUGCCUGGUGGCUCCUGUCCCAGCCACAGAACAGCAUCCCCAGGGGCUGCCUCGGCCUCCAGCUCCGGCCUUUCCAUCGCCGGUCCCUCAACCCGCUCGGCCCCCUCUAGUGCCUCCCACGGUCACCAGCUGCCUGCCCCCAGCGGAACAUCCCCACCUAGCCUGCCUGCUCCUGGCUGGCUACUGGAUGAGCCAUCAACAUCUGCCUUCGGCCUCCGAGGGUCCAGAUUGUCUUCCUCUCCCUCCCAAUCCUGCAGACAGACAGCUGGCGCAGCUCCUCCCAGCCGUCUGCUGGACCCAUGGCAUCCACUGGUCACACCACCACCAUGGAAGAUCUGUGUGGCCAGUGCAGGGAACCUGACCCUCCGGGUGUCUGCUCGGAGGGAUUGGUGCUGUGGGUCCAGUGCAAAUGUGACAAAUGGUUUCACACUAUUUGUGUCGGCUGGGAGGAGCUGGACAAAGACGAAUUUUUGUGUUUUUGGUGCCUUAAUAUGUUCGAUAAGAAGUGGGAUUGAAGCUGAGCAGAUAAAAAAGCAGAGACGUUCUGACUGCAGUCCACAGAGGGAACAGCACAAGGCUCUGAGACUGGACUCAAGUCCAGCAGACCAGCAACCAGUCUGGAUCCAUGGUCUGUGUGUGGACCGCUACAGAGAGGUCUACAACUCUGUGUUACAGCCGUCUGUCCUCGCCGCUCUUUCUUCCUCUAAACACACUGACUACAUGUCGCAGGUCCUGGAGCUGAAGCAGCGUCUGUGGACGAAGCUGAGUCGACCUCGGCUGCAGGAGACGCUGAUGGAGGACGGACGGGUGGAGAUCAAAGAAAUAUUUGACCUGACUUAAGAUGAGAUGUGUUUUAUUCAUGUAGAAACUUAGAAAUAAAUGUUUUCUCUCUCAGUGUUGGAAGGACACUGUAAAGUGCAGUUAGACCUCAGGUUGUUUUGUUGUUGCAGAUUCUUCAGCUUUGUUUACAACCAGUGGAUUUGCAUGUUUGGUGAGUGAAGCCAUUUUCUCAUCAAUCAUAUGGAAAACUACUGAAGCCGGAAAGUUAUUUGUAUUGAAGGAAUCCUUCAAACCGGAUUAACUGUUAAUGUUCAUGAAGACUCUGUAGUAAUAGUAAUAAAAGUACAGGCUCUAAAAUGAUCAAUGAUAAAUAAUAGAUGUAAUUCAACUAAACUAAUCAAACUAAAGUAAAAAGUUCAGUUUGUGUAAAAAUGUAGAAAUAAAAGUCAAAAAUAUAAGUAAAAAGUAUAAAAAGUUCUCAAAAAAUAUAU